AUGGCCUCCUCCGCCCUGUCCGUCUGCUCCAGCAACCUCAGCUACAACACCCGGGCCUGCCUGCCCGAGGCCUGUGACCCCUACGCCCCCUCCUGCCUGGGGGACGACUGCCCGGAGAACUGCUGUGAGCCCCCCUGCUGCGGCCCCUCCUGCUGCGGCCCUUCCUGCUGCCCAACUCUCCUCUGCAGCCCCAUGAGCUGCGGGCCCUGCUCCAGCUCCUGCUCCCCAUCCUGCUGCUCCUGCUCCCCCUGUCAGCCAGCCUGCUGUACCCCCGUUUGUUGCAAGCCCAUGUGCUGCACCCCAGUCUGUUGCAAGCCCAUGUGCUGCACCCCAGUCUGCUGCAAGCCCAUGUGCUGCACCCCAGUCUGCUGCAAGCCCAUGUGCUGCACCCCAGUCUGCUGCAAGCCCAUGUGCUGCACCCCAGUCUGCUGCAAACCCAUGUGCUGCACCCCAGUUUGCUGUGGGGGCUCCCCCUGCCAGGCGCCCUCAUGCUCCCCCUGCUGCAAACCCUGCUCCAGCGUGUCCCUCAUCUGCAAGCCCACUUGUCAGCCCGCCUGCUGUGCCCCCUCUCCCUGCUGCCAACCCAGCUGCUGCCGCUCGGGGUCCAGCGUGUCCCUGCUAUGCCAGCCUGCCUGUAAGCCCUCCUGCUGCGCUUCGGAAUCAGCCCAAAAGACCUGCUGA